AUGGUGUGGGUCCCUUCCUUCGCGCUGUUGAUAUUCACGAUCCUUCACGCUGGCGCAAUAGAGGGGCGAUUGCACCGGCCGUCGGAACAACAACGCCGAAGACUGAAAGGAGAAACCAAUGCCAAGAAUAGCGACACUAACAACAAUAAUGAUGAGCUAGCAGAUAAGAAAACAACGGUCCUGGAUGAAGAGGAACAGUUCGAGCUCCAUGAUGUCUGCAGAAACAAUGUGCCGGUGACACUCGGCGAGACGGUUCGUGGUGAUCAUCACAGUGGAAUUCAAGGCAUCUGCGACACAGAAGAUAGCCAAGGUGCUUGGUAUUCCAUCAAUGGCACAGGCCAAGUGCUUCGCGCUUCCGUUGUCGAAGGCAACGUUACCCGAAUAGUUGUCUUUGCAGGAUCUGACUGCGACCAUUUAUCUUGCGAAAACUCCAUCACACCUGUUCUCACUGACAAUCACAGCCAAUCUUCCAAUGGCUGGACUACGUUUUGGGGUACAAAAACGGGCGUAAGCUAUUUCAUGUAUCUGUACGGAAGUGGACACUUUCAACUGAUUCUUGCGGAGGAGAGACGACCCGACAACGAUCAAUCAGGCAACGCACUGUCAAUAGAAGUUGGCGAUUCGAUUCAAGGAUCAACUGCUUAUGCAUCCCCUGAUCCCAGCGUAGGUUAUUGUGGAAGCUCCGCUUCCUCGCAGACGCGAAAGCGAGCUGCUCCCGGCCUCUGGUAUCGAGUUUCGGGCACAGGCGCUCCACUACAGGCACGCCUAAGAACGGUUUCCGAGAGUUACAGAACACAAGCUUCCAUCUACACCGAGUCAUUGGAAUGUGUUGCUCACGUAGAACGCCUCGAGUUAUUUGAUCCAGCCAGCCCUGAGUACUAUGCCAUCUCCACCGCCACUACCUGGCAAUCGCUUCCAGGUCAGACAUACUUCAUUCAAGUCCUGGGACACCCAGAUAGCUCCCCGGGGGCUUAUGAGGAGGGUGGAUUUGAAUUGACCAUCUUCCAAAGCAGUCCUCCUGUCAACGACAACUGUGAUCGUGCCUCAGUGAUACGUCCGGGGAACACGGAAAGGGGUUCCACGAGCUUUGCAACUAUUGACGAAGACACACUGGUAUGCAGCCAAGUGACUCUAGGCGAGACACCGACGGCCCCCGGAGUCUGGAUGGUACUGUCAGGCGUACAGGGGCCCAUGGAAGCGGCGGUUGAGUCAGCAUAUUCUUCUCAGCUAACAGUCUUUUCAGGAGACUGCGAGCGCCUAGUGUGCCUCGAAGGGACGGACAAUGCCCCACCAGACGCUACUGAUUUGGUGGCAACGAACUACAGUUCCGUCCGCUGGAUCGCCCAAUCUGAUGAGAUAUAUCACUUGUUGGUGCAUGGCGUUGAAUCGCUCGUCGGAAUUUUCGAUAUUACUGUGUCCCAUGCUGGAAUGUCGUCAGGAGGACAGGGCGCGUCCACUCCUGAGACAACUACUCCGCCAUCUAGGCCGGAUGAUGGCGGUAGCGAUGUUACGACAUCACCAAACACCGCAAUGCCCACUAGCACUCUGUGGGAGGUUGAAACUGCUGCAUCCAUGGCCUUUGGUUUCUUCCCAGGAACUCCCAUCAGAGCCCCAAACCAAGAUGAGAUUGACGGUCUCAUGGUUGAGGUUAGUCACUUCUUUGCCAGAAUCUUUCAGGAUGCAUUUGAUGAUGCCUUCAUUCGAUUUGAGGCUCAGGAGUACGUAACAGCGUUCAGUGAUGACAGCGCCUUGCCAAUUGUCAUGAACUUUCUAGCGAAGGCAUACUUCACCUCCGAGCAUGUCGCCCCAUCAGAACCGCAGAUUUUCAACCUCAUGGAAGGAGCAAACUUUCAGGACUUCAUCAGAAGCUACGCUUGGCAAUUGGAACCCUUUGGCGCAACAGUAUUCUUUCAAACGCUGCGUGUUGUGUUUGACCAAGCUACACAGAGUCCCCCUUCGGGUGGAACAAGUGACUCUGGAGGCUCGCAGGCAGAAUCGGUCCAGCGCAUAGACGCUCGUGCGAAGAUGCUCUUUAGCUUCUUCCCUGACACAGCAGUACGGGAGCCCACUCACGACGAACUCGAUGGGCUGGUACUUCAAACAAGGCUGUUCUUCGGCGACGCAUUUGACAAGAAAUUUCCCGACUUUAUCCGAUUUGGAGCAAUUGUGUCGGGAACAAAUUUCACUGAAGACGCUGCACUACCAGUCGAAGUCUCCAUGGAUGUGUAUGUGUUCUUUGAAUUAACCGAUAUCAACGGCAACCCCACAACAGUAAUUCACACACCCGAUGAGGUCUUGUCGACCAUGAGAGAUGUGGAGAUAACGUCAUUCAUUCAAAGCUAUGUUUGGGAAUCCAAACCAUUCGCGGAAAAUAUCUUCUACGAAGCAAUGCACAUUCAGAUCAGGCCAGACGGAGUCAAUGUCUCGGCAGCCGAAUCAACUGCGGUUGCUCCGCAUGUUGUACACUCUAGAAACAAAGCUACGUUUCAAUUCGCUCUGUCCUUCAGCUUUCACCACACUGCUACGGUGACUCUGCGACAACCAGUGCAAGCGGAAAUCGCGGGGCUGCUGGUCAAAACCGACGACUUCUUCACGGCAUUGCUCCUAGAUGAGCUGCCAGGUCCGAGCGGAUUCGGAGGUCUAAACCUAACCGCUGCUUCGGUCGACUACACAGAGACUAGGGAAUUCGCUGUGGUCGUCGUGGUCAAGGCCGAAGUCACGUAUCACGAUGGAUCUGAUGUCAGCAGUCGCGCAACCGUCGAGCAAAUGCUUGCACUGAUGGAGACGGCUAAUAUGAAAGAGUAUGUGGAGUAUUACGUUUGGUUCGCCGACCCUCAGGGGCACUCCAUAUUUUUUGCGACAAAACAGGCGGUUUUGGAGCCUGACGUUCCACUGCCUUUGAACACUUCAGCCCCAACAACAGCCCCGCUCAGUUCUGGCUCUUCGGCACCAGGAAAUGUUUUAUCUGAUGCAACUCCUGAACCAGCGGAGCUCCUUCCGGUUGGAACAGACAUCGCCAUUAGGUUUUUCUUUUUCCAGCCUCCAAACCGUGCCCCCACAAACGUCGAAUUGGACUCUCUCACAAACCAAACAACGGCGUUUUUCACAAAGGCACUACAAGCAACAUAUUCAGACUUGAUUCGUCUUGACCUGGAUCUUAUAACUGCCGGGUAUGCUCCCUCGGGAGGUGCUCCGGCAUCCAUCGUAUCCUGGAAAGUCAGCGUUCUCUUCUAUAUUUUGGAUGGAAGCGGGGCUUCGAGAACUCCGGAUCAUGUGCUAAACAUCCUCACGACCUCGGAUGUAGAGGACUAUCUCCACAACUACGUUUGGUCCACCCAGCCCCUGGGUUCCAACCUCUUUUUCAAUGCAAGCGCUGCUCAAGUGGUUCUAUUGGGUGACAGUAGUGCCACUACCGACGAGCAACCCACCCCGGCACCAACCGCAAGAAUCAAUACUAGUCAAGUGGUUGUUCAUGCUUCCAUCCUUUACGGUUUUCUUGAGGACAUCGCGAUUACGCGAACGCCCAAUACGAAUGAGCAGAACGGAAUCCGACACCAAACAACCCUUUUCUUCACCAGGUUGUUCCGAGAUCAGUUCCCCGAGUCUUUCCAACGUGUCGACACCUCCAUCGAUGAUGUCGAGUUGCUUGGAGGAAACACCCUUCCAAUCAGCGUUUCGUAUGUGUUUACUGUCCAAUUCAACCAAGGAGAAGCCGUGCCUUCGUUGGACGAUCUCGUUACAAGCAUGACAAACGCAGACUUCGAAUCAUACAUCGAGAACUAUGUGUGGACUUCCGGUCGGUCUGCCAAUGGUAUUUUCUUUGACACUCAACAAGUUUUAUUCCAAGCAGUUAUGUAA